AACCAAUCCCACAUUGUGGUCAAAUAUUUGGAAGUACCUUACGUCCCUUUCCUCUCCCUACACAAUCAUCACCUCCUAAAUCAAAUUAAGGAAAAAACGUAACAAUGCCAACUUCCCAAUUUCUCUUACCUCUUCUCCUCUAUCUAAUGGCAACUCUCUCCUCCACAUAUGGGGCACAACUCAUUCUAGUCAACAAUUGCAAUGAGAGUGUAUGGCCCGCUAUACUUGGUGGUGCAGGGCAGCCCACACCUAAAGAUGGAGGUUUCCAUCUGGGCAGUGGUGAGGAAGCUGUCAUGGAUGUGAAUGAAAAGUGGUCAGGAAGGAUUUGGGGCAGGCAAGGUUGUUCCUUCGAUGAUAAUGGAAAAGGCACAUGUGACACUGGGGAUUGUUUUGGCCAAUUACAAUGCAAAGGAAAAGGUGGUAUUCCACCAGCAACCGUGGUCGAAAUGACACUCGGGACCUCUAAUUCGCCUUUACAUUACUAUGAUGUGAGUUUGGUUGAUGGCUUCAAUUUGCCUGUAUCAAUGAAACCUGUUGGUGGUGGUGUCGGGUGUGGUGUUGCGUCAUGUGAGAUUGAUUUGAACAUUUGCUGCCCUUCAGCAUUGGAGGUGAAGAUAGGAGGCAAGGUGGUGGGAUGUAAGAGUGCCUGCUUGGCCAUGCAAUCGGCUAAGUAUUGCUGCACAGGGGACUAUGCUAACCCAAAGACUUGCAAGCCUACUCUAUUUGCACAUCUCUUUAAGGCUAUUUGCCCCAAGGCUUAUAGUUAUGCUUUUGAUGACUCUACCAGCCUCAACAAAUGCAGGGCUUCACGGUAUGUUAUCACAUUCUGCCCUCCCUCGUAAGGAAUGAAGAAGGAAACUAAGUGUGCUAUCACACUCUACAAGGAAGUUAAUGGCAUCAGGAAAGAAUUAAUGUCCUUGUGAUUUUUACUAUAGUUUUUAUUUGAAUUAUUGUUGGAUAUAUGUCUUUAAUUAUAUGUUUAUUAGCUGAUAGGAUUAAGGGAUCUCCUUUACAAGGAUUUGUUAGAAGCAAAUGGAGUAUGGGUUAAGAAAUAUAUGGAUCUUGUUGCUAGGUAACUGAGUGUAUGUAAUAACAGGUCUAGUGCAUUUCUAGUUCAAUGCAUUGAGUUGAUUUUGGGAAUA